UGGUGACCUUCGAGGAGGUGGCUCUGUAUUUCACCGAGGAAGAGUGGGCUCUGCUGGACCCCGCUCAGAGAGCCCUCUACAGAGACGUCAUGGAGGAGAACUAUGAGAAUGUGGCCUCGCUGGGGUUUCCAGUUUCCAAACCUGAUGAGAUCUCCUGGCUGGACCGAGGGGAGGAGCCAUGGGUCCCAGACCUCCAGGACUCUGAGGAAAGAGAGACCCUGAGAGAUACCUGCAUAGCAGAUGAUGGGAUGGCGAAUGAGGAGGAGAAUCCUCAACAAGACGAUGCUGAGCAAGUAGAAGCACAGGGGACGUUCUCAGAAAGAUCCAAAGGGAAUGUUUCCUGGAGUUGUGCACAGGCAAACGCCUGUGAGAGUCAGAACAGAUCAGAGAAAAAGUUCAGUAGAGGCUCAGACCUUAUUAGACAUGAGAGAAUCAACACAGGAGAAACACCGUACAUCUGCCUGGAGUGUGGGAAAACCUUCAAACAUAACUCAGUCUUUAUCAUACAUCAGAGAAUCCACACUGGAGAGAGACCAUACGCAUGCCCCGAGUGUGGGAAAAGCUUCAGUCGCAGCUCAAACCUUAUCACACAUCACAGAAUCCACACAGGGGAGAAACCCUACACUUGCCAUGAGUGUGGGAAAGGCUUCAGUCGGAGCUCAGAGCUUAUGAUGCAUAGGAGAAUCCACACAGGAGAAAGACCCUACACUUGCUGUGAUUGUGGGAAAAGCUUCAUUCGGAGCUCAGAGCUUAAUAAGCACCAGAGAAUCCACACUGGAGAGAGACCCUUCAGAUGUACUGAGUGCGGGAAAGACUUCAUUUAUAGCUCACAGCUUGUCACACAUCGACGAAUCCACACAGGAGAGAGACCCUACUCAUGCCUUGAGUGCGGGAAAGGCUUCACUUCUAGCUCACAGCUUGUCUCGCAUCAGAGAAUCCACACAGGAGAGAGACCCUAUUCAUGCCCUGAGUGCGGGAAAAGCUUAAGUUCUAAGUCACAGCUGGUCUCACAUCGGAGAAUCCACACAGGAGAGAGAUCCUAUUUGUGCCCUGAGUGCGGGAAAAGCUUCAGUCAUAGUUCACAGCUUAUCACACAUCAGAGAACCCAUACGGGAGAGAAACCGUACACAUGUCCUGAGUGUGGGAAAAGCUUCAGUCGUAGCUCAAACCUUAUCAUGCAUCAUAGAAGCCACACAGGUGAGAAACCCUACACAUGCUGUGAUUGUGGGAAAAGCUUCAGUCGGAGCUCAGAGCUGAUCAGACAUCAGAGAAUCCACACAGGAGAGAGACCUUACGCGUGCCCAGAGUGCGGGAAAAGUUUCACUCGGAGCUCAGAUCUUAGUAAGCACCAGAGAAUCCACACUGGAGAGAGACCCUAUAGAUGCCCUGAGUGCGGGAAAGGCUUCCGUUACAGCUCACAUCUUGUCUCACAUCGGAGAAUCCACACAGGAGAAAGACCCUACUCAUGCCCUGUGUGUGGGAAAAGCUUCACUGAUAGUUCACAGAUGAUCACACAUCAGAGAAGCCACACAGGGGAGACCCCCUACACGUGCCCUGAGUGCGGGAAAAGCUUCAGUUGGCACUCAAACCUUAUCACACAUCAGAGAAUCCAUACGGGAGAGAAACCAUACACAUGUCCUGAGUGUGGGAAAAGCUUCAAUCGGCGAUCAAACCUUGCUGCACAUCACAGAAUCCACACAGGGGAAACACCCUAUAGCUGCCCUGACUGUGGGAAAAGCUUCAGUCGGAGCUCAGAGCUCAUCAUACAUAAGAGAAUCCACACAGGAGAAAGACCCUACACUUGCUGUGAGUGCGAGAAAAGCUUCAUUCGGAGCUCCGAGCUUAUCAUACAUCAGAGAAUCCACACUGGAGAGAAACCCUUCAGAUGCCCUCAGUGCGGUAAAGGCUUCAGUUAUAGCUCACAGCUUGUCUCACAUCAGAGAAUCCACACACGCGAAUAACACUAUGCUUGUAUUCAGUAGGGCUGCCCAAAGAUUUUUUGUUUCUUUUUUGUUAUGGGUUUUUUGUUGGGUUGGUUGUUUGGU